AGGCCAUAAACCGAGCACCCGACUCGUCUCCCCCGAAACGGCAAAACCCACUCCCCGCUCCGCUUCCUCGCAGACCUCCCUCCCCCCGGCGGAAUCCCCCAACCAAACCCUCGCGGCCGGAGCCUCGCAGAUAAACAUAUCCUGGCAAUGGGUGCUGCUGGCACUGUCAGCUACCCAUAUUCAUUACAUAUUGGAGAAAGAGACGACAAAAGUAGCAAUACAAAGUUAUGUUCAGACUUUACUGCAGCUGAAAUACAAGUGAACCAUGCCAGUGAUGAUCUGUCUUUGAUUCAUGUAAAUAUGGAAGAGUCAUGGUCAAGUGUACAAGCUUUUGUUGCUGAGCAUAUUACCUCAAAGGAUCUUGAUAUGGAUUGGAGCAAGGAGGCUGUUGGGCUGGAUGGUUUCAGAUACGUGGGCUGCAAUGACCUAAGGGAUGUUGCACUGAAUAGCUUGCACAUGUUCUUCAAGACUGCAGUUCAGAUGUUAUCCUCUGAAGGUUACACUGAGGAUGCUGUUCUAAAUGCUGUUGUGGACUCUGCACUCUGUUACCAGUUUGAUGGGCCUAUCAAUAAGAUCGCAGAGCAUGCACGCACAUUGCUACAGAGCGGUAGUCAUCAGGUUGAUUAUUCCGUCAGUGAGGAUGUUGACACAGUUUUGCACAUGUUGGGCUUGUAUUUUCUGUGCAAUGCAUCAAGUUUGCUUAAGAGAUGCUGCCCAUUUUUUACCUUGGGAGAUGCAUUGUGGUGCAUUCUGCUGUGUGACCUGGAUAUCUCUAUUCCUCGUGCAGCUUUUAUUCAUAUGAGUGGUUAUGGGAAUGGCCAAUCAGAAGGGCAUGCUCCUAGACAGUGUAACUUAUGUGAAGGUCGCAAGGAUGUAAAUGAGAUAUCAGAAGAAUGUGGUUGUAGUAGAGCCACAGAAUCGCCUGGGCAAUUUGAUGCACCUCAAUCUGAAGCAGCCCAAAGGACGUGGAGCAGUAUCCUGGCAAAUUAUAUAGUUUCAGUUCAAAAUUCCGCAUCGAAAAAUCAAUAUGCUCCUUCUGCUCAAGAUGAAAGUUAUUCUGUGCCUAGGGAUGUGGUUCAGUAUAGCAAAAAAGCAAAGAAAGGCAACCGUAACAAGACUAAUCCCAUGAAAUAUCAGAAAGACUCUGGCAAGGAUCUGGUAGUUUUCAAGAAUAUCCAACAAGUCAAGGGUAUAGGUAAAACAUCUUCAAGAAUGCUGAAAGAGAGUAAAUCAUUAAUGGCGUUCCUUGGAUCUGCGCAGAGCACAUCGACAGGCAUUUCGGAGGUAGCCAAUAAAAAAAGCUUACAACCAUCCAUGUUAGUUCCACCCCAACCUGUUUCUGGAGCUUCCUAUGUCAAAAGAAGAGAUUCACCAGCAGUUGUUCCAACUGGAUCACUUUCUUCUGCUAGCUGUUACUCCAUCCCAUCAUCUAGUGCAAAGGCAGAAUCUAAGCAGGUAAUGGGGCCUGAUGUUGUACAGUUCUCUCUCCCACAAACUCCUGCAGAGGGCUUUGAAUUUUAUUUCUCACGUGACGGCAUGCAGACUACUUGGGCUCCAAAAGAUAGGGAAGAGGAGCUGGCUCUAGAACUAGUGCAGCGUUUGGGUGAGUUAAAGCUGGAGGUGAAAGUUUGGACAGAUUGGGCUAAUGAGAGGGUGAUGCAGUCAACAAAUAGGCUGGUAAAUGAAAAGGCCAUUCUUUUAUCUCUUAAAAAGGAUAAGACAGAUGUUGAAGAGCCUGAUGUGUUCAACAGAAAGAAGCUUGAGGAGACACAAAAUGCGCUAGACAGCACUUCUGAUGAGCUCAAUCGUGUUAAUUCCCAUGUUCAGGAGCUUACAGAUAAGAUUACACAUCAUAGGCGUGAGAUGAAAGCUGUCCAGCUACAGGGAAAGCAAGCAGAUGAGAGAUUGGCUAGCCUUUUAAGCAAGGAAAAGGACAGACUGAAGUCCAUGGAAACAGAGAAGUUCCUUUUGCAGGAGGAGCUUGCUGCUGAAAGGAGUAAACUAUCCAAUCUUCUGAAAAGCCUUGAGCAAGCUAGAAGAUCUGAAGAUGUGUUAAAGAGAAGGUGCCAGGAGGGAGAGAAGAUGCUAGAUGCACUUAUGAAGCAGGUUAACUUCGAAAGAACGGAGCUUGUGCGGAUCGAUACAUCAGCAAGAGCAAAGUCUAGCAAUCUGUUGCUGAAAGCGCAGAACAAUCAGGAGUGGCUGCAGGCCAAUAUCAGGAAUCUCAAACAGCAGGUAGACGAACUGUCUAGCUUCAGCAAGCUUCAGAGGGUCGCAAAGUUCAUGGCCCCUCCAGGGUUUGUGAUCGACUCUGUACAGCGGGAGCAAGAGUGCGCCAUGUGCCUGGAAGAGGAAGUCUCGGUGGUUUUCCUCCCUUGUGGGCAUCAGGUGGUUUGUGCAGGCUGCAACCAGCGCCACCGAGACGGGGGCAUGACAGAGUGCCUGUCCUGCAGAUCUCCCAUCGAGCGAAGGAUCUGUGCUCGCUUUGCCGAUAGUUAAGGAGUGUGUGUACAUCUGGUGGGGAAGAAUCACAGGAGUUAUAGCCUUUUGCCUUUGUUAAAACAGCUGUCGUCUAAAACCAAACUACUGCUAAAGAGCAGAGUAGCUGUGUAGGAUGCGGUUGGUUUCUAAUUAGUCCUGACCUCAGUUGGUUUGCGGUGGAAAUACAGUUGGAAAGAUUUAUAGUUCUAGGAUGCUAGUUUCUAGUGGAACCGGAAAUCUGGAAUGUUACCUCAACUAUUACCAUACAUACUUGCAUGAUGGGAAAAAACCAAAACUAGCAAGCUACUAGUGCGGUUUUGCGUAAGUAUGGCAAUGGAAUAUCUGAGGAAGCACAUUGGUAUUU